CUCUCCUUAAGCUCCAGUCGCAGCCCACGGGCUCUGCUUCUCAGCUGCACAUUGUUGCAGUGUGCGAGACGACAGCGCUAGAGUCACACUCUCAGUAAGUCCCUGUGCAUCAGUGAUACCCACAACUCUCUCUGUCUCCCAUCUGUCGGCUGCUUCUCUUUGGUUUCUUUGCACUCUCUAAUCGCUGCAUCUGGGGGAAUCUGGAAAUCGCACACAGGCGGCAGUAGCAGUAGCAGCAUCAGUAGCAGCAGUCGCAUCAGAAAUCUGGACGAGAUGGCUCAGGUGUGCGCUGGUUUGGAUGUGGAGCAGCCCUUUGUCAAACCCUUGUUCUGUCGGAAGGGGGCCCUCAGGCAGAAACUGGUGCACGAGGUGAAGGAGCACAAGUUCACAGCCAGGUUCUUCAAGCAGCCCACCUUCUGCAGCCACUGCACCGACUUCAUCUGGGGCAUUGGCAAGCAAGGAUUCCAGUGCCAGGUUUGCAGUUUUGUGGUUCAUAAACGAUGCCAUGAAUUUGUCACCUUUGAAUGUCCAGGAGCUGGUAAAGGCCCACAUUCAGAUGAUCCUCGCAGCAGACACAAGUUCAAGGUGCACACCUACAGCAGUCCCACCUUCUGUGACCAUUGUGGCUCCCUUCUUUAUGGAAUGGUCCAUCAGGGAAUGAAAUGUGCUUGCUGUGAGAUGAAUGUACAUAAGCGCUGUGUUCAAAAUGUGCCCAGUCUCUGUGGACUGGACCACACUGAGCGCCGGGGAAGGGUGCACAUAAGAGUGGAGGCCAUCAAUGAUGAGGAGUUCCAAGUCACAGUGGGUGAAGCACGAAAUCUAAUUCCCAUGGACCCAAAUGGAUUAUCAGAUCCUUAUGUAAAGCUAAAGCUGAUACCAGAUCCUAAGAACCUGACAAAGCAGAAAACCAGAACUGUCAAGUCUACGCUUAACCCAAUCUGGAACGAAGCCUUUAUUUUUUCCUUGAAGUCAGGGGAUGAGGACAGGAGGCUCUCCGUAGAAAUCUGGGACUGGGAUCGCACGUCUCGAAACGACUUCAUGGGCUCAAUGUCUUUUGGUGUGUCAGAAAUCAUGAAGAAUGCUGUGGAUGGCUGGUACAAGUUACUGAACCAAGAAGAAGGAGAGUAUUACAAUGUCCCAGUAUCUGAUGACGCCGAUGACUUUGGACUCCGGCAAAAGUUUGAGGCAUGCAAUUUCCCACUUGAACUGUAUGAGAAAGUGAGAAGAGGACCAGGUCCCAGCCCAAGUCCCACGGACUCCAAACGGGUCAACUUCUUUGGUACCAGCCGCUUUCACAUCUCCGAUUUCAACUUCCUCAUGGUGCUUGGCAAGGGGAGCUUCGGAAAGGUAAUGCUGGCAGAGAGGCGUGGGUCAGAUGAACUUUAUGCCAUUAAGAUCCUGAAGAAAGAUGUCAUUAUCCAGGAAGAUGACGUGGAGUGCACCAUGGUGGAGAAGAGAGUCCUGGCCUUGUCUGAUCGGCCUCACUUUCUCACACAGCUCCAUUCUACAUUUCAGACUGUGGACCGUCUGUAUUUUGUUAUGGAGUAUGUGAAUGGUGGGGAUCUCAUGUAUCAUAUCCAGCAGGUCGGCAAGUUUAAGGAACCUCAUGCCAUGUUCUAUGCUGCUGAAAUUGCGAUUGGACUCUUCUUCCUUCACAAUAAAGGUAUCAUCUACAGAGACUUGAAACUGGAUAACGUAAUGCUGGAUUCAGAGGGGCACAUUAAAAUCACCGACUUUGGCAUGUGCAAGGAGAACAUAUAUAGUGGAGCCACCACGCGCACAUUCUGUGGCACACCAGACUACAUUGCUCCUGAGAUUAUCGCGUAUCAGCCUUAUGGCAAGUCAGUGGAUUGGUGGUCCUACGGAGUCUUACUAUAUGAAAUGCUGGCAGGACAGCCUCCAUUUGAUGGAGAAGAUGAAGAUGAAUUAUUCCAGUCCAUCAUGGAGCAAACAGUGUCUUACCCCAAAUCUUUGUCUCGAGAAGCUGUCUCCAUAUGCAAGGGGCUGCUGACCAAACACCCUCUGAAGCGCCUCGGCUCUGGCUCUGAUGGGGAACGUGAUAUUCGUGACCAUGCCUUCUUCCGCUGGAUUGAUUGGGAGCGCUUAGAGCUUCUAGAAAUCCAGCCUCCUUUCAAACCACGCCCUUGUGGAAAGAGUGGAGAGAACUUUGACAAGUUCUUCACCCGUGCACCCCCUGUGCUUACUCCUCCUGAUCAGCUGGUAUUAGCAGGCAUUGACCAGAGUGAAUUUGCUGGGUUCACCUUCAUUAAUUCAGAGUUCAUCCAUAGCAACCCACACAGCCCAGUGCCCAUAUCCUUGGUGUGAUCUAUAUGGAUGCAUGACGGGGCGCAAGCAUAAAUGAGGCUUUGUCUAUCAGCCCUCGUCUUUUUGGUCCGGCAUGGUAUCCUCCUUGGUAAUGGCUUAUUAGCACCUUCUGUCUCAUUCUUCUUCCUUACCCUGCAUCUUGGAAAAGCACUUAGUGUUGUAAUGUGCUGUGAGGGGGAGACCAGGAUGCAAUAGUGAAUCCAUUCCUUCCAGGACCAGACACUGAUCUGGCUUUUCACUCUGAUUAACACUUGUGAAAAGCUGAUGAAGUGCGGUUUUCCUUUGGGUUGUCUAGUGUCUCAAAAUAUUAAGAAGAUUCUUUUUUUCUUUUUUUAUCGAUACCAUGCAGUGAAGUUGGGUCACAAGUCACCUGCAGGAAAACGGGAUGAGAGCUGGAAAGAUAUUUUUUAAUUGUUGUUAUAACUCUGGGUUGGACUGUGGGACCUGGAAUUCAACAUCUGAACAUUUGCUGUGUCUAUGUGCAGUAAUACUUGAAGUAAAAAUCAAACUGUAUUUCAUAUAGACAUUAGAUGAUCUUUUCAUUUACUUUCACAAUGAAUUCCUAACCGGAAUGGACAAACACUGCCUGCAUCUCCCCGAAAAAUUUGCAUCUUGCCUCGACAUGCAUGGCCUAUUAAAUAUCUUUAUAUGUGUAAAAUAUAUCUUAGAUGUUCUCCUUUAUAUGUAGAAAACAAUACUCUGGAUGAAUGUAGAUAAAUACAUAUAUAUUAUUUUAGCCAUGUGCAAGUGGAAGAGAAUUUUGGAGAAUGCUAAUACUGAGAAGAACAACUGGGGGGGUUAUUUAUCAAAGUCCGAUUUAUCUCAAUAUUUUCUGCUACAAAUCCGCUUGCGUUUUUUAUGCUU